AUGAGUACAGACAGAAGACGAAUUACCGGUCCUACGGACGCCAAAACCCCUCAAGUCGGUAUUUCCUCCGGCAAAACCCCCACGGCCAAAUUUUCAGCAGCCGAAAACGCCCAUGGCGUCCGCAGAUUCUUCCUCAAGUCUGGUCUUACGAAAAACGCCAACGGCCUGGCUUACUUGGAAGUAGGCAACACAAUUCUCGAAGUCAGUGUCUACGGGCCUCGUCCAAUCAGAGGGCUGUUCAUAGACAGAGCGUCGUUCUCUGUGGAGUGCAAGUUUUUGCCAUACUUAACCCAACCUAACGAAGUCAUCUUCAACGCUGGAGACAAGCGUACUGGAAGAACAGGCUUAACCAAUAUCGAGCACAGAAUCAGCACGUACGUGGAAACGGCGUUUUUGCCGUCGAUAUGCGUGGAAAAAUACCCGAAAUCGACCAUCGACGUGUUUGUAAAUGUCAUUGCAUUCGAUCCAGCAACUGGAACUCUACCUAACUUGAUCUCGUGGGUGGUCAACUGUACUGCUUUGGCGAUGGUGGAUUCAGGCAUUGAAGUGAAGGAUUUGGUCACUGCUGGCCAUGCCAAGCUCACUGGAGAGAGUAUAGACCUUGAUCUGCAGCUCCAUGCUGAAAAGGAUACUUCUACAGGCACUGAAUGUGUGGCUAGUUAUAUGAAAAUGCAUGAUAACGAGAUGGUGGCGUUCUGGGUGGAGUGUGACGAGUCGAAGGAGGUGGAAGCGGCCAGUUUGGAGAAGUUGUUGCUGGGAUGUGACUUGAUGUCUACGGAAGUGAGGAAGAACCUUAACGGGUACUUGCUCAGGGUCGCCCGCGAGGCCGAUGUGGUGCAAGAGGGCGCCGAAGAGGAGUAA